AUGUCUUCCUUAAAUAUCCAGAAGCUCCCGGUGGAGCUUUUUCUGGCAUGUCUCGAUUUCAUGGACCAUGUUAGUGUCAGCAGACUUUCGAGGACCUGCAAAGGCUUGUACAACUUUUUGAAACUCACUAGUCAGCAGUUAGCCAGAGAGUAUGCUCUACUUCCCGCGGAGCGUGCACUGCGGUGUCCCGAGACGGAGGAGACAUUUCGAGGUCAUGGUAACUUUCCAAGUCUGCCCAAGUCGAACAUCGAGAUCGCUAUUAUCGAGAAUCGCCUUGGCCCGCUUCGGGCGUUCUUGAACGUAGGGACAGACCCUAACGCCAUGGGUACUGGCGGCGUUCGCCUGCUGGGUACGGCGAUCUGGAACGACCGGGUCGACGCAAUCAACAUUUUGUUGGAGUAUAAGGUGGAUCUGAGCCUGGAGUUGCGAGAUUGGCCAUAUACUGGGCUUCAAUAUAUGCGUCCGACGCCAGUAGUGUAUGCCACUGCUUCUGAAUGGUGCUCACACAUCACAUUCCAACGCGACAAUUUUCACAUCUACGGUUGUAUUCCCGAGGAAUUGGAGACGCUGUCUCUGCUAUUGAGAGCUGGCUGUCCAUUACAGCACGUAUACGACUUGACCGCUAUUGCAGCGAGAUCUGAUAAGCUUGAACUUCUGGAAUACUGGCUUGGAAAUGAGUUCAAAAUUGAUAAAGGUCUAGGAGCGAGAUUGACGAUUCUGGACUGGUGGGACGCGGUGGCAAUGAAACGGUUCUAUCUCGAUUAUGAGGUUUUCGAGGACGGGAUAGAUUUCCUCAACACUCUCCUCGAGAGAUACCCUGAGCUUUUGUCUAGGUUCGACCCACAUGAGGGUAGUCUCGUCUUUUGCGCUAUACGUAAACGCGCCUGGAAGUUAGUUGAGGUUCUCCUCGAACAUGGCGCGGAGGUUGGACUAAGAACGUCGGGUGGGGAUUCGGAAUUGGAUUUUCUGGCACAAAGGGUGUCGUUCCAUCGGCUACGGCCUUCUACUUCUCUAGAUGGUAGGCACCUGUACGAACAAGGAACAGAGUGGCUAACGCUAGCGCCUCUGCUCGAAAUGAGGCUUCAACUGAUCUACUAUAACUUCUAG